AUGGAUCAAGUGUUACUAAGAUGUAUUAUAGUAGCCAUUUUCAUCUUGGCUCUUGCAUCGUCUUUGACCUUGGCCUCUGAUCCUAGCCCUCUUCAGGACUUUUGUGUAGCCGUUAAUGAUCCCAAGGGCUCUGUGUUUGUCAACGGAAAAUUCUGCAAAGACGCAAAGCUUGCCAAAGCAAAUGACUUCUACUUUUCAGGUCUCCAUAUCCGCAAAAACACAUCCAACACAUUUGGAUCAACUGUCACACCUGUUAAUGUUGCACAGAUGCCAGGACUUCACACAUUGGGGAUAUCUAUGGUUCGAAUUGACUAUGCACCUAACGGUGGCCUGAACGCACCUCACACUCACCCUCGUGCCUCAGAGAUUCUAGUUGUUCUGGAAGGCACACUCCAUGUCGGUUUCGUUACAUCGAAUCCAGAUAAUCAUUUGAUUUCUAAAGUCCUAUAUCCCGGAGAUGUCUUUGUUUUUCCUGUGGGUCUCAUUCACUUUCAGUACAACAUAGGGAACACCUAUGCUGUUGCCUUUGCUGGUCUUAGCAGUGAAAACCCAGGGGUGAUCACUAUCGCAAAUGCAGUAUUUGGCUCAAGCCAUUCCAUUGAUGCUGAUAUUCUUGCCAAGGCUUUUAAUCUGGACAGGAAAAUGGUGAAGAAUCUUCAAUCCGAAUUCUGA